AUGCAGGCCGGCGCAAACUCCCCCCCAAUCCAUAGCUUACCUUACGAACUCUUGCGCGACAUUCUCUUGUUCGCGUUGACGCCUAAAAAGUGCAUUUGGGGUUCUCUGCUCCUUCCUCCUCGCUCUUGCGAUGUUCUCAUUUUGUGCCGUGUUUGUUCUGCGUGGAGGCAGAUUGCGCUCGAAACGUCGCGUCUUUGGGCCAUUCCUAGGUUGCCUGUUAUGAACAGAAUGGGAUACAUGUCGACCACUGCGACGAAUCUAUUUCUGGAGCGUUCAGGCCAGCAUUUACUCCAUGUUGAUAUCUGCCCUCUUUGGCCCACACAAUCCAUACAACUACCACCUACCCUCGGCAAGGCUUCUGAUCGCUGGGAAUCAUUUAGCCUCCAGUAUUACACCACAGGACUUUCAGUUGCAGAAGUCAACGCCCUCCGAAUACUUUCGCAGAGUCGCUGGGCCAAUCUUAUAACGAUCGACAUAUGGGUUGCGCAUGCGGAUAACUGGCCCGGGACCAUGCUCGAUUUCAUGCCAGCCAAACAACUGCGUCAAGUCUCAUUAAAUGUCCCCGCCGAGCUCCCCAUCCCCGCCAUACCAUGGGCUCAGCUCACACGUCUCAGUCUCAUACAUCCAUCGGCUCAAGUGUGUUUAGAAAUCUUAUCUUCCUGUCGGAACGUCAUUCAUGCUUAUAUCUCCACCUCACAAUCGUCUGACGUCAAUCGGCCGACUUUGGCAACUCCUGUAACACUCGAGCAUCUGGUCGACCUCGAGUUGUGCCUCCACGUACACUCGCCAGAAGAGCAUGUCGAGCCAUUUCUACAACUAUUUUCUGCGCCGUCUUUGAUAUCCCUCCACCUUUCCGUUGACGGAGGAAGCUAUAGCGAACUUUCGCCAAUUUCGCGACUUCACUCACAUCUUGUCUCCUUCAUCCACCAUUCUCCGAAACUUCGACAACUUGUGCUUGCCAAUUUUACUCCUCCAGAAGUCAUACUAUCGAUCUUGCGUCAAACACCAAUGCUCGUUAGCCUGCAUAUAGGUGCGACCCAUGUCAAUCGCGACUUCAUGCUAGGUCUUAGCAUUUCACGCAAAUCUCAAUCGAUAGUUCCCAAGCUCAAGAAACUGGUUUUGAUGAACCUUAGCGCGACUUCGGACUUUCCCUUUGCUGAGUUCAUCACAAUGGUAGAAGCACGUCAACCCGGAACGAUCUUAGCAGAAGUAGUGGUCGAAAACGAGUGUUUACAAUCGCACUGGUGCCCUACACCAGAAUUUCUGGACUUUAAACACCGUGUCUACCUCAAAGGCCUCGACUUGCGUUUCUUGUUGUAG